AACAUUGAUUAUUCCUAACAUUUUCUCUCUCUAACUCAGAACCAGUGGGGAAAGAAAAAAAAAGUAUUAGACUAUUAGUAGCUCCUUAUUUCGAAUCUCAUACUCACCCAACUACCCUCGUGCCAGUUCUAUCUCCUUCUCCUCCAAAUUAAUUGGAGUUAAGUAAAGUUAUCAUCUUUUCUCUAAAUUGGUUUCUGGGUAAUCCUUGCUCAUAGCUUUAGAUUUUCCCAUCAAGCCUCUUUUUUGUUGCUAAGGCUUCUAGCAUACAUUGGUGGCAGUGCUGAUUUAUCACUAUCUUUAAGCUAUGAACACUCCAAUUCAUGCCCCUUCAUCAUCACCAUCUUCUUCUUCUUCCUCCUACAUGCUUCGUCCUCCUUCAUGCCUCUCUCAUCCUUCUCGUAACAUCAAGUGUCCUAUGUUGUUACCACAGGCAAUUUGUACCUCUCAAAAGAAGUACUGGUGCUUCAGAGCUCAUGUGGAGGCUUCUUUUAACACUAAUCCCUUGAAAAAUUACACAUCAGUCAGUUGCUCUACAUGGUGGUCUGAAGCACAAUCCUUAGUUUCUUACAAAACACACAACAAACAGUUGUUCACUGUAGGAUCUUUAGCAACUUCAACAGCUCAAGAUGUUUCUGAUACAACUCUUAUUGGUGGUGAUAAGAUUGGCGUGUUACUGUUAAACCUUGGAGGUCCAGAGACUCUAGAAGAUGUGCAGCCUUUUUUGUUUAACCUUUUUGCCGACCCGGAUAUAAUACGUUUGCCAAGGAUAUUUAGUUUUCUUCAAAAGCCAUUGGCUCAAUUUGUAUCUGUCGCAAGAGCCCCAAAGAGCAAAGAAGGCUAUGCUUCAAUUGGUGGUGGCUCUCCUCUCAGACGCAUGACUGAUGAACAGGCCGAGGAGUUGAAAAAAUCUCUUUGGGAAAAGAAUGUCCCUGCUAAAGUGUAUGUUGGCAUGCGUUACUGGCAUCCUUUCACUGAAGAAGCUAUUGAGCAGAUUAAAAGGGAUGGAAUUACAAAGCUUGUUAUUCUUCCACUCUAUCCACAAUUUUCAAUAUCAACGAGUGGCUCAAGCCUACGUCUACUGGAGAGUAUAUUCCGAGAGGAUGAGUAUCUAGUCAACAUGCAGCACACAGUAAUACCCUCAUGGUAUAAACGUGAAGGAUACAUAAAGGCCAUGGCAAAUUUAAUUGAAAAAGAGCUGAAGAGUUUUGACUGCCCCGAGGAGGUCAUGAUAUUCUUUAGUGCACAUGGGGUGCCUCUUGCUUAUGUGGAAGAGGCUGGUGAUCCAUACAAGGCUGAGAUGGAAGAAUGUGUGGAUUUGAUCAUGGAAGAACUUGAGACACGAAAGAUAACUAAUGCUUGCACCCUUGCUUAUCAGAGUAGAGUUGGACCAGUGGAAUGGUUAAGACCCUAUACAGACGAGACAAUAGUUGAACUUGGAAAAAAGGGAGUGAAAAGUCUGCUCGCUGUUCCAAUUAGCUUCGUCAGUGAGCAUAUUGAAACUCUAGAAGAAAUUGAUGUUGAAUACAAAGAGUUGGCUCUAGAAUCUGGUAUAGAAAAGUGGGGCCGUGUUCCUGCUCUAGGAUGCGAACCUACCUUCAUUUCUGAUUUGGCAGAUGCCGUUAUUGAGAGUCUCCCAUAUGUUGGUGCCAUGACAGCUUCAGACCUUGAAGCUCAACAAUCCCUCGUUCCACUGGGCAGUGUAGAAGAGUUAUUGGCAGCAUAUGAUUCACAACGCAGGGAGUUGCCACCACCAGUUAUAGUGUGGGAAUGGGGUUGGACAAAAAGUGCUGAAACUUGGAAUGGAAGAGUAGCUAUGCUUGCUGUGCUUCUUCUUUUGUCUUUUGAAUUCACUGCAGACAAGGGUUUGCUGCACCAGAUGGGAAUAUGGCCCUUGCUUAGAUGAAUGAAUCAUCACCACAUGCCCUCUAAGCCAGGAAUUUAGUUGAGUUCAAUUUUGAUCAUUUGUCAGAAUAUGGCUUUUUUAUACUACAAUUAAAUCAUGUUCUUAACACAGUUUUCAAGUAGUUGUUAUCAUAGUCAAUCUCAUUUUACAAUAUGUGUUAAUGCAUGAUUAGAUCAGUGUAAAAGACUUGACAGUGGUUCAAUAUAAAAUCCAUUCAGUUUUGCUUGUAAAAUAAUUUUAAGCAUAUUAUGCUACUCAAAUCCAAGGCAUGCACUCAAGAGGAGUUCUCAAAUGUAGUUUAGGCACAGUAUUUAUGGAUGGAGAAGGGAGAGAAAAUUUGUAUACCACACACAAUGUUUUUAUAUGUAUCUAAACUUAAAGCUUUGUUGAUUGGUUUACGUGAGUUGGAAAACUACUUGACUGUUCUAGCUGAAGAGCAGUUGAGGCAAUAACAA